GGGCGUGAUGUUACCAGCUUUUUUGCUCGAACCCCUAAAAGUCAUCCUAUUGAUAGCCUACAUAUAGACCAGGUGGCGCAAGCUGCUACCCGUUACCUCUGCCUGUUACCACGGCCCUGACAUCCAUCAGACAGAGCCGUCUAUGCCAUCAGAGCCGACAUCCAUCCAUCCGUCCGGCUCGCGCACGUCGCGCACAGAAAAAGAAGCCUUGGAGGCUGUUGAUUUGUUUCCGAGCCUGGCCGAGCGGUCCAAGCAUACGUGUCGAAACUCGGGGAAUGCUUUGUAUUCUGUGCAGCUGGUCGCUCAAUUGGCUCAAUUGUGUGCCACUUUGGAGGUAGAGUGGGUAGAGUUCGUGUGUGCUAUUUAGGUCGUACGCUCGUUACGCGAAGAGCCUGAGAGAUCGAACGUUUGAUCAGUGAUUGCCAACGGUGAUUGCCUCGUCAAGUCAGCUGUCGGAGUCUACGAUGACGGGAACAGUGGUUGCGCGAGAAACAUGCGGUUCGGAAAUCCAGCAGACGUACGUCAAGUUCGACAACAGCAACAAGUUGUUUGUGGUGAGGCGAUCGGCUCGGAAAUGGUCUUCUCUCAGAGCGGUCUUCAGCGAGAUAUUCUUGCCUGCUGGGUUUCCGGACACGGUCAGCCGUGACUACAAGGAAUACCAGAUCUGGGACAGCAUCCAGGCCUUCGCAAGCAGCAUUACUGGGACGCUGGCUACGCAGGCAGUGCUGACGGGCGUCGGAGUCGGCGACCAGACGGCAUCCGUGUUGGCUGCCACCACAACCUGGAUCUUGAAAGAUGGUACGGGCAUGAUUGGCAGAAUCCUCUUUGCCUGGUUUCAAGGUUCGAAUUUGGACAAUGAUUCCAAGAAAUGGCGCUUGUUUGCCGACAUCCUCAACGAUGCUGCGAUACUCCUCGAGCUGAUGUCUCAACAUCUCAAGGGCUACAUCACGCUUGUGCUGUGCAUCUCCAGCGUUGCUAAGUCGGUGGUGGGCGUCGCCGGCGGGGCGACGCGUGCGGCACUCACCCAGCACCAAGCACGCAGCAACAACAUGGCGGACGUGAGCGCCAAGGACGGCAGCCAGGAGACCCUGGUGAACCUGGCGGCCUUCCUGUGCAGCCUGCUGCUGCUCAGGCUGCUCGCAGGGAGCCAGAUACUCGUCUACGGCAUCUUCACCAUCUUCACCCUCCUGCACAUCUUCGCAAACUUCAGGGCCGUGUCUUGCGUCGUGAUGGAGACGUUCAACCGGUCCCGCUACUGCCUCCUGGUGAAGCACUUCCUCGAAGAGGCCGGCGACAUCGCGUCGGUCGAGAAGGUCAACAAGCAGGAGUCAGUGUGGCUUCGCUGCGGACGCCACUUCGUCAACGUCAACCUGGGCUCCCCACUGUCCUCAGUUGCGGCUACGCACGACGACCUGUGUUCCCGGGCCCCCAAGGAGAAGCAGGCGCGCUACCUCCUCAAGGUCGUUCGGGACUCCUCCAGGCACUACGACAUCAAUGUGGUCCUUCACGAACAGUGCACCCCCAGGGACCAGAUGGAGGCCAUGUUCCACUCGUUCCUGCUGGAGUUUGUGCUGCUCAAGACUCUGAAGGUGGACACAGCCCACCCUUGGCGGGCUGAGGUGCGGACCAUUGAGAACGCCGCCGAGAACCUGGCGGCAGAUGAGAGCCAGCUCUUCACAGCGUCCAGGGCCUUUGUGGGGAAGUACUUUCCUGUGUUCUGGAAGGGACUGGAGUGCUCCGAGUGGAGGACGGACCACGUCCUGUUUGCGACAAGCGACUGGAGGGUCGUGUGGGACGCGGAGGAGCGGAAGGAGGCCAGCCCAGGUGACUCGGUGCCCGAGUCUGUCGCCUUGUAGCGAGCUCUCGUGUUCGGGCCUCAAGCGGGAAGACGGACGUUCAGGGGUAUGAUGCGAUUUUUCGUUUGGUUUCCGGGGAUUGGUGCAUAAGCGGAGUUGUGGGGCAAGCCCUCGUGGGGGCUCUAAAUAUGGCAUUAUAGUUGCUGCCGGCGUUGAACUAGCGUGGCAGGCUCAGUUGUUAGUCCUUCUGUUCGUAGUUUGAAGCCUCAAGUUAUGCACAUCCUAGGAAGCUGAUUUCCUGUG